UCUCCAUUUUUUGUACUUACUACUCAGAAGUUACUAAGAGGAAUACAUACCAACUCACAGUAGGUGAGGAAUCAUGUGCAGCGAGGUGGAGGAGCGGCAAAUAGUAUUCCAGCCUACUUGAUAUGCCUGAAGCUCACCAAAUCUUCAGCGCAACACUACACCAGACCUGCAGAAAAUCCCUAUCUCCACCAUCUUUGCUAACCUACAGCAGGUAUACAAUUCCACGAAGUGCGGGGAAGUGCUACGCUCACUACAUGGCAGCCACUCUUUCCCCAUUCGUGCCCGAGGACAUCAUAACGACGGUAGAGAUCAAGUGGACUCCCAAGGAGGGAAGGUUCCUUGUGGCCUCAAGGGACAUCAGUGCCGGGGAGGUGGUGUUCACGGAGGCGCCAUUGGUGGUAGCUCCAAAGCCUGAAGCAGGAAGUACCUGCCUGGCUUGUCUAGCAGUACUGCAGGAGGCCUGGGAGGUGUGUGGCGGGUGUGGUGCUCCACUGUGUUUGCCGCGAUGUGACGCUAAACACCACACAGAUAAAGAGUGCAACAUUCUAGCUUGUUUCGGUCUAAAGCAAGACCCCACGAACAGGGUCUUAAUGAAACAGCUAAACGUUCUUCUAGCCCCACUGAGAACCUUGUUACUGGUACAAGAAUCGCAGGGUGCAGGUGCAAUAGUGGCUGCUCUCCAGAGUAACACGACAAAACGGCGAAAACUGCCCAUUGGUCGCUUGGUGGAGGAACAGGUGACAUUGCCGCUGCAACGUGAGCUCGGGUUGCAGGUGGAGUCUGAGCUGGUGCAGCACGUGUGUGGCGUCCUUGACACCAACACCUUUAUCAUCAGACUCAGUAAGGACAGAUAUGCACGCGCGCUCUUUUCCCUUGGAUCACUAAUGAACCACUCAUGCGUGCCUAACACGCAGCACUGGUGCCAGGACGGCAUGUUGACGGUACGUGCAGCGCGAGACAUACGUGAAGGCACACCUAUCACCAUCACCUACGCACCGACGCUCUGGGGUACCUACGCCAGGGCUGCUUACCUGGCUUCCUCCAAGCUCUUUACCUGCACCUGUGAACGCUGCCUCGAUCCCGUAGAGCUAGGCUCUCAUAUAAGUUCCGUAUGGUGUCGGGAGUGUCAUGGCGGUUUACUGGUGCCUGCGUCUGACCCCCAGGCACCCUGGGUGUGUCAAACUUGCGGCAGUAAAGUGUGUGCGGCGGCCGUAGAAGCCCUGGUGCGGGCUGCCGGAGUUGCGGUGAGCCGCGUGCCGCAAGACGACGUGGCUGCAAUCAGCACCACUAUGAAGCACCUCGCGAAAGUGCUGGGAAGCUGCCAUUAUAUCACCGUGGAGCUCAAGUAUGCCCUGGUGCUAGCUACGAUGACACCCACGCUCACAGGUAGGCCGUAGACCAACUCUCACACCCACAGGUAGGCCGUAGACCAACUCUCUCACCCACAGGUAGGCCGUAGACCAACUCUCACACCCACAGGUAGGCCGUAGACCAACUCUCUCACCCACAGGUAGGCCGUAGACCAACUCUCACACUCACAGGUAGGUCGUAGACCAACUCUCACACCCACAGGUAGGCCGUAGACCAAGUCUCUCACCCACAGGUAGGCCGUAGACCAACUCUCACCCACAGGUAGGCCGUAGACCAACUCUCUCACCCACACGUAGGCCGUAGACCAACUCUCUCACCCACAGGUAGGCCGUAGACCAACUCUCACACUCACAGGUAGGCCGUAGACCAACUCUCUCACCCACAGGUAGGCCGUAGACCAACUUUUUUACCCACAGGUAGGCCGUAGACCAACUCUCUCACCCACAGGUAGGCCGUAGACCAACUUUUUCACCCACAGGUAGGCCGUAGACUAACUCUCUCACCCACAGGUAGGCCGUAGACCAGCUUUCACACCCACAGAUAGGCCGUAGACUAACUCUCACACCCACAGGUAGGCCGUAGAUCAACUUUCUCACCCACAGGUAGGCCGUAGACCAACUCUCUCACCCACAGGUAGGCCGUAGACCAACUCUCUCACAUCAGACAUCAAAUUUCUUUACUUCAAUGUCCAGUUACAGCUCAAUACCCAGUACGAGGCUACAAUAUUCUCUAAUAAAAUGGCAAUAAUGUGGGGUAAAACAAACACAGUUACAAACACACUACUGUACAGGGUUCAUAGUCACAAAAAAAUGCAUAAUUGUAGUUCUGGCAACAAAAUAAUGACUAACAUAGAUGGAGCCCUCCAGGAACCCAACCAUCCUUUCUGGUGCUUUUCUCCUUUCUCUCUCGCUUUCUCUUUCUCUUACUCUUUUUUCCAUACCAAAAACCGAAGUAUAGGUUGUGCAAAAAAACGAAACCACGAAGUAGUAUAGAGUGUAGAAUCCACUGCAAUCUUUCUCCUCCAUACCCUGUUACAAUAGCCAACAUUUUUUCACAAUUUUAUUUUACAUUUGAAUAUUUUAUGCAUAAUAUUUUUAAUAAUUAUUAUCGAACUCGUUAAUUUAAUUACA